AUGGCCGUACGACAAAAUACGGGCUUUUGUUUGCGGCUUCUGAGCUUUCUUUGGUGUAGUAACCUGUGUUGUGGUGCCGCGUUUUUUCCAACCAAUUCCGCAUAUGGUAUUUUUGCCGCCAUCGCGGUGCCGUUGGAGCUGCCACAUCGCAAUGUCUUUAUCUCUUACAAUUUUGAAGCGAACUACAAUUUGCCGUACACGUGGAACCUGCCGCCAAUAGCGAAUGGUAUCGAAGAUGAUGAUGUCUUGACUCAAGCUAGGAACUUUCAACAUUUGAAUCAGACGGUAGGUUGUACUAACUGUACGGUUCAGAAUGUUACUGCAGAUACAACAACAACAACAACAGCAGCGCCUACAGUGAAUUCAACAAGUUACGCUAAAGAAUCGGCUGCAAGAACACGGCGACGGACGGAAGGUGUGCCAAAUUCAUUGCUAACGCGCACCCACUUCUACCACAUACUCAUGGAUAAAUUCAAAAGAAGCGGCUAUAAUGCUGAGCACUGCUUGCUGCGUUUGAUUUGCGAAACGAAUUCCUCCGGUCUGGGUGAGGUGAACGGAGUUCUCGGCACACUAGUUCAUAUAAUGUUUUCUCCCAGCACAUCGGCGCAUGAAAAUCUUCCACUUCCCUACUAUCAAGCCGAAGUAGAUGGUUCGUUUGGAUUUUGUGAAGAGUACGCAGCGGAUUGCCAAGAAAACCCUUUGGAUUUAAUCUCUGCGCCGCUUGGCGAUAUUAUCGACGAAUUAAUGAAUAGUAAAUGAAUGAAAAUGAAAUAAAAGAAAAAAACA